GGGAGCACUUCUUGGGGGAAGCUGGGCAAGUUACUGGCUCUGGCAGCUCUCCAACUGUCCCCCAUGUCCCCUCCAGGUGCCGGCCAUAGUCAGGUGCAUCCAUCAGUGGCUCACGUCCAAUGUGUCUGCUGAGCACAGGCUGGACAAGACUCUGGUCCUGCUGACCGAGGCACACCCCACGGAUGUUGCAGUGACCCUGCUGCGCUCUGCCCCAGCCUGUGACAGAGCUGCUCGCACCAUGUGGAAGACACUCAUCUCCUCCAGAUGGACUAAGGAGCCGGUGCUGCAGAUCCUCUUCCGUGUGCUGGAAUACUGGCCAGCGCACAGGAGACGCACCUCUGAUGGGGAUGAGAGAGAUGUCUUUGCCCUGGCUGCAACUGUGGCACUCUGGGAGAUCAUCCAGCUGUCCCACUCCUGGUGCCCAGGGGGAGUGAAGGACAAUUUCCCGCGCCUCCUUCUGACUCUGCUCUUCCAAGUUUUCAUCAGCACAGAGGAGAUGUCAGAGGAGGUCGAGACCUUCUGGAGGCGAUGCCGGGAGCAGCGCAGCCUUCCCCCCAACCCCAACAGGUGCUCCAUCCCAGUCCCCUCUCCCUGCCACGCCCUUGGGGCUGAGGCCAGGGCUCUGUUUACAGUGCAGACCGUUAAAGCCCUGCUGCGCCAGCUGCUGGAUGAGGACGUGUUGAUGGCGAUCGGUCGCAAGUGUGGCUGGGACAUGCUCCUCAAGGCUGACAGCCACCACUAUGCAGUGGGUCUGCUGGCCAGGGAGCUGUGCCGUGUCUCCCUCCCCUUCGGUCACCGCAUCGCCGUCAGCCUGCUCCCGCGGCUCAGCAGGGGAGACCCCCUGUGGGAACUGCCUGCCCUGGCGUUCCUGGUGGAGGUCCUGCACUGCCUGAACCCCAGACAAUAUGGGCCCAGCGUCCUGCAGAUUAUUUCCAGGCACCUGCGCAGUCAGUGCCCGGAGAGGCGUCGCCUGGCGCUCCGAGGCCUGGUGGUGCUUAGCAGGGAUCCCUCAAUGGUGAGCAGGGGGCAGGGGCUGAAGCCGGGCCGGCAGCCUGCCCGACUCCUUUGGGACGCACCUUUGGCCUCUGGGCCCCGCGGCAGCAGCGUGGGGCUGCACCACAGCAUUGUGUUCCACACAGGCUAUGAGCAUGCGGAGCCUGAGUGA